AGUCAGAGAACAAAACAAACAACAGUCCUUGCUCCAGUGAUUGACCUGAAACGAGGUAGCUCUUCUGAUGAGAGACAGAUUGUGGACACACCGCCUCAUGUAGCAUCUGGGUUGAAGGAUCCUGUACCCAGUGGUUUUUCUGCGGGAGAUGUGUUGAUUCCUUUGGCAGACGAGUAUGAUCCCAUGUUUCCAAACGACUAUGAAAAAGUGGUAAAGCGUCAAAGAGAGGAACGACAGAGGCAGCGCGAGCUGGAGAGGCAAAAGGAGAUCGAAGAAAGAGAAAAAAGACGUAAAGACAGACAUGAAGCCAGUGGAUUUUCAAGAAGACCAGAUCCAGAUUCUGAUGAAGAUGAAGAUUAUGAAAGAGAGAGACGGAAAAGAAGUAUGGGGGGAGCUGCCAUUGCACCACCCACAUCUCUUGUUGAGAAGGACAAAGAACCUGUAGCAUCGUUUCCAUUUGAAGAGGAGUCGAGACCUCGGGCACCAUCUUCCAAAGCAGCUAUUCCUCCUCCAGUGUAUGAUGAGCCAGAAAGACCUCGUUCCCCCACGGGACCCAGCAACUCUUUCCUUGCUAACAUGGGAGGGACAGUAGCUCAUAAAAUCAUGCAGAAGUAUGGUUUCAGAGAGGGCCAGGGGCUGGGAAAGCAUGAACAGGGGCUGAGCACAGCACUGUCAGUAGAGAAGACGAGCAAGAGGGGUGGCAAAAUCAUUGUUGGCGAGUCUACAGAGAAAGAAACGGGCAAGAAAGCGGAUUCUAACCCAUUGACUGAGAUACUGAAAUGCCCAACUAAAGUGGUCUUACUAAGGAACAUGGUAGGAGCUGGGGAGGUGGACGAAGAUCUGGAAGUUGAAACUAAGGAGGAAUGUGAGAAAUACGGCAAGGUUGGGAAAUGUGUCAUCUUUGAGAUUCCUGGUGCCCCUGAUGAUGAAGCUGUAAGAAUAUUUUUAGAGUUUGAACGGGUUGAAUCUGCCAUCAAAGCUGUUGUAGAUCUAAAUGGAAGAUACUUUGGAGGCAGAGUCGUGAAGGCUUGUUUCUACAACCUGGACAAGUUCAGAGUACUGGAUCUGGCAGAGCAAGUUUGAUUUUAAAAAUCUAGCUGGAGGUGUCACUGUUUUGGCAAUCAUGUUUUCAGCGGUAGGCUGGGAAUAAAGAAGAGAAAAGUAGCUUUCCUAGCAAACUGGAAACAAGCCUCAUUGAAUGGAUUUUUCACAUUCGUUGUGACUUACAUUUUUUUUUGUAAUAUAAAGCCCUUUGAAAUUAAGAUUCACGUCUGUGUGUUUUUGAAUUGCACAAUUCUGCUUAUUGCUCUGGGGAUCCUGGUUUUUUUUUGAGCUUUCAGAUGACUUUGUUCUUUUGAAAAGCCACUGCUGACAAGAUGCUUUGUCUCUGGUCCUGCUUUCC